AUGAACGUAUCUGAUGCCGGUCGCACCACGUAACUACACAACGUUCAAAAAGAAAAAUUUAGUUUCACUUCUUAGCUCGGGCGGUCAAGUUCAGUGUCUUCUGAAAGCAUAAAAAAAUCAAUAAAAAUAAAAUGGCAAGUGUAGUUGAAUUAUUAACUCUUGACAAUGCUGUCUUCAAUGCAUAUAUGUUCUGGAGUGCGGUUUUGGUCAUCAAAAUGCUGGCAAUGUCUCCACUCACAGCCACACAGCGAUUCAAGACAAAGACUUUUGCUAAUCCAGAAGAUUUAAGAUCCAGCAAAUUGAAGGUCAAAUUCGAUGAUCCCAAUGUAGAACGUGUACGCAGGGCUCAUCGCAACGAUUUGGAAAACAUUUUACCAUUCUUCGUUAUCGGUUUCCUCUACGUACUCACAAAUCCUGUUGCAUUCGUGGCUAUUAAUCUCUUCCGUGCCGUAGCGAUUGCACGUAUCGCACAUACCUUGGUCUAUGCUGUUCAUGUGGUUCCACAGCCUGCACGUGCUUUAGCCUUUAUGGUUGCAUUUGCAUCGACUGCCUUUAUGGCGGUUCAAGUUCUCUGCGCAGCUUUACUGUAAAGUUUUCUAAGUCAUUAAUUAGGUUUUUUAUUGAAGGGAUUUAAUUUUUUUUUUUGAAUUAAUGUAUUAAGUAAAUUUAUAAAAAC